GACGACAAAUCCCCCUUCCAAGGCUGGCCCGAUGAUGAGAAAGACCGACUCUGGCUCGAGUCCUACCACUCUGGCUUGUUCACAUACGUGGACCGGGAAGCGGCCAUGCAGCUCCCCAAUGUAACCUCUCGCGUCGCCGAACCCGGGCUCGAAGACCAGUACAUGGUCGUCCUCGAUGUCUUUCACCAGUUGCAUUGCCUGAACUUUAUUCGCCAGGCCUUUUAUCCAGAGCGCUACGGCCGGAGCAUGUAUCACAAAGACGGAACAUUGGAUUACUGUACAUGGCUCCACAUAGAUCACUGUAUCGAUCAAGUCCGCCAGUCCCUCAUGUGCUCGGCCGACACCUCAAUUAUCCCGGUGCAGUGGAAUGACGCCACCAAGAGCAUGCGACCUCGCGUGGACACCAUUCAUACCUGUAAGAAGUAUGACCAAUUGCUUGAGUGGACGAUUGGGAGG